AUGGGUAACUCGUCAUUCAGCAACUGGUCUAACAUUGAGAAGAGACAUAUCACCGUAAACUCAAUGAGCGUCACCGAUCAAACUGCUGACCAUGUUAGCCGUUCCGUUUGUGCUCCAACCAACACACCAGCACCUUUCAUAAGGACCAGCAGAGGAUGUGAAUGUGUUCCGAAGACUAUAUGGUUGGAUGUUUUCCUUCUUAUGGAAGCAGGCGUGCUUAUGGGCUCCAAUGGAAUCGCUUCGGCAACUGACUACGUCGUGUCAGCUUUUGCACAGCUAACAGUGGGCCAAGCAGAGCAGUUCCAAACCCGGCUAGGAAUCAUUCGCUAUGCCAGCAGUGUCGAACUCAUCGCCGACCUUGAUGCGUACACUUCGAAAGCAGAUCUUUUUGAUCUGGACAUAUUGCCGCUGAACGAAACCGGCACGAACAUCGAGGGAUUUCGAGAAACGGUGGAGCUUUGCAGACAUCCACCGACCGUUCCGUCUUUGCGCGCAUUUGGUGCCCUUUUCCAGCGCGUACAACGCAUCCUAAUGGGCGUGCGGAUCAUAUGGGCCGGUUCACAAAAGAGCGUCAAGCGAAAAUGCCCACCGCUGACCCGUGCGGUAUCGAUCGACGAAGGGCGCCGAGCGCCACCGGUUGGCGGAAGAGCGUCACCGGUCGACGCAGGAGCGUCGAACAGUGCGCUCUGA